AUGAAAACUUUCCUGCUUGCCAUUGCUGCAGUGCAGAUCCUCUACUGCUCAGGAGUGCCAAGCACCAAGGAAGCUCUGAGAGCCUCAGUGAUAAAGCUGAAUGAAAUCACCGAGAUCACCAACCUCUGUGGUAUCUCCAGGAGAGGCGUGACAAAUACAUAUCGUACGGGUAAACUGUCCUACAGUGUGGAUUUAACAUUCUCCGUGAAAGAAACUGUCUGCUCCAAGAAUUCUGGACAGGAAUUUGAUGAUCCCAGUUGCUCUUUCCGCCAUAAAAACAUUGCGGAGAAAGGGUUCUGCAAAAGCCAUGUGGAAUUUUUUGCUGAUAAGGUAGCUGACGUUGAUGUGGAGUGUGACGGUCUGACGACGGUUGACAGCGAGAGUGACUCAACAGAAUCAAAUGAAAACAGUAUCGAGGCACAAAGCAAAUCAAAAGAAAAAUCAUUUGAGGAAACCUCAGAUGUGAAAAGCAGUUCAGAGGAAACUUCACUGGAAAUAUCUUCAAACGAAAAAGACAAAUCAACAGAGUCAUCUCUUGAGGAUUCAGCUGAUGUAGAGAGCAAGUCAAAUGAGACAUCAGUCGAGGAGUCUUCUGAUAUGAAAAGCAAGUCAACAGAAUUAUCAUCGGAGGAGCCUUCAAAUGAACAAAAUGAGGACUUGAGAUCCCAUCACUAACCAUGAAAGAAACUCCACAAAGUCUGAACUCACUGUGAACACAAGAAGACCUCAUUCAGAAUACACAAGAUGUUAAUAAUUGUACUGUACUUACUGAUUACAA